AUGGCCUCUCUGCCAGUUCCGGAUGGCAUAGAUCUCAGCGAGUCCAGAGUUGCCAGCAUCAUUGGUGCUCUCAGUUGCACGUGGGCACUCGCAGCCAUCGCAGUUGCGCUUCGGUUUCUUGCCCGACGAAUACAAUCCAAUAAGCUUUGGUUGGAGGACUGGCUGAUCACUGUUUCCUUGACCGCAGCAGCUGUGCACGUUUUUAUAAGCAUAGGAUACAUCAAGUGGUCGACAUUGGCGCUCUACUGGCGAAUAUUCAAUGCCCGUAAAAGCAUCAGGUAUUACAUCUGGGCUAUGGCCGGCAUCGUCUUAGCUUGGUUCAUUGCUGUUAUUCUCGUUACGAUCUUCCAAUGUCUCCCUGUUCAUGCCUUUUGGGCACGCUACGACACAGUCAACCCCCUGUCGUCUGAUCAGUACACAUGCGGUGUUGAUGUCAAGAUGUUCUUCAAGGGAAACUCUAUUCCCAAUAUUAUAACGGAUGCACUAGUUGUAUUGUUACCUAUCCCCUAUGUGUGGAAGCUACAGCUGCACAAAGCACAGAAGUUCGCCCUUGCAGGUAUUUUUGCGCUCGGCACUUUCGUUACUGUCGUCUCCAUGGCCCGGUUAAAUGUGAUUCUUUCAGUUGACCUCACGUCACCUGACAUUACUUGGAAUUUCAUCGACACCAUUAUCUGGACUAAUGUCGAAGCUAACACAGCUAUCAUCUGCGCCUGUCUCCCAUGCCUGAAACCGAUCCUCAACCUCGCGCUGAAUGGCAGACUGAAAUCUUCGAUCAGACGAAGUGGCCAGAACUCUGGCGGACAAUACAUACUCAAUGACCGUACGAAGCCCAGCACUACAAAUGGAAGCAGUUACCUAGGAGGCUCUGGUACUGGGGCGAUGCGGAAAGGGGUUGGCGGCGGCGGUGCCGAGGACGAGCGCCCCUUUACUCGACUGAGUGAACGUGACUCUGAGCCAAGUAUCGAUAUCGCCAAUGAUGACGGUGGCAGUGGACAUGGAAGUUUGAGCAAAGCGGGAGUAACGAUAAAUACUCAAGAAGGGCGCGUCGGCGAGGCAGCCGCUGUGGAAGCGACCCCUGAAGUUCCCCCGACAACUGAAAAUGCCGGAAAUGCUACUCAACCAAUAGCACCGGUAUCACCGGCUGCUGUCGCAUCGUCACCGGCCGCGCCAGUGUCACCAGCUGCAGCGAUUGUGGCUGAAGAAGAUCCAGACCCAUCCACUGAUGGAUACGAGACUGGCAGCGACGGCAGUUCCAAUGCCUCGACUUCACUGUCUUCGAGCGUUCGUGACUAUGAAUGGGAGAAUAAGCGUCGCUACCACAAAUUCAAGCAAGGCCGAUACCUGUGUCCAAACGAUGAGCCUGAGCAGGAUCGCGAGGACAUGAAGCACGCUUUGGUGGUUCACAUAUGCGACGGAGAUCUACACAUGGGCGACAACUAUCCAGAAGCAGAUAUCGACGGGAUCGACCUGAGCCCUAUCCAACCCGGCUUUGUACCACCGAAUGUCAGGUUCCUGGUCGACGAUGCGGAGGCAGACUGGCUGUAUCCAGACAACUCAGUUGAUUUAAUUCACCUGCGGCACAUGGCUCCUUUCAUCAAAGACUGGCCUAGGCUUCUGCGUCAGGCAUAUAGGGUACUAAAGCCGGGCGGGUGGAUCGAGCUGCAAGAGCUGAGAUGGAGAUUCGCUUGCGACGAUGACACGAUGGGUCCUGACUACACCCCAACCAAGAUGGCGAACCUUAUCGAAGAAGGUCUCGGUAAGUUCGGCUUCGAGCUCUACGCAUCGGAGACCAACCCGGAGCGUCUCAGGGCUGGUGGUUUCGUGAAGCAGGUUCACGAUGUUAAGAAGGUGCCAUUGGGGAGGUGGCCCAAAGAUGACAACCUGAAAACCAUUGGCUUGUAUUCUCAGGCGGUGUUGUUCGACGGACUACAGGCUAUUACGAUGGGUCCCCUGACGAGAGGGCUGGGCUGGACUCCAGAGGAGGUCGAAGUGUUACUGAUGCAGGUACGGAAAGACCUCAGGAAUGCGGCUUUCCAUACUUAUGUUUACUAUCACGCUUUGUCUGGACAGAAGCCGGUGGAAGGAGCCUGA